AUGCGAACUAUCACUCUAGUGUCGCACUGUACCUACUUGGCACUCCUCGGAGGCGUAUCAAUAGGUUCGCCGACCCGAGGAGAAAGCAUAUCGAGCUUCCUUACGGUAGAGACCUCAAACGGGCCCAUUACGGGUCAUCUGGCGUCGAACAGCUCCGAUGUGCUAGAGUAUCUUGGUAUUCCAUACGUCAAGCCUCCUAUCGGCCGCUUGCGAUUCGCUCCGCCGGAGCCGUUUACCAACAACCAGUCUUUUUAUGCGUCCAAGUUUGGCUCCGAUUGCCCUCUUUCCCCCUCGCCACAGAUUGACUAUCCAGGCAUGACACCCCAGGCACAAGGAAUCAUCAACUACUUCGCAUCAUCUGCCGGGACGCCGCAGAGCGAAGACUGUCUGACGUUGAAUAUUUGGACCAGACGAUCCGGAAACGGAACUCGGUCUUCCAGGAACCCCGUUAUAGUGUUCUUCUACGGCGGACGCUUCGCAAUUGGUAACACCAACAGUCCUUUCUACAGCGGAAAAUAUUUCGCGGCGGCCCAGGACAUUGUAGUAGUCACUGUUAACUAUCGCCUUAACAUCUUCGGCUUUCCUGGAGCCCCAGGGCAACCCCAAAACCUCGGCUUACGAGAUCAACGGGCUGCUGUGGAAUGGGUCCGCGAUAACAUCGCUGGGUUCGGCGGGGACCGCACCAAGAUCACCAUUGCAGGCCAGUCUUCUGGUGGCAUCGCCGUUGACUACUGGUCUUAUGCCUACACGGAGGAUCCGAUCGUCACUGGUCUAAUUGCACCUUCAGGCAACGCCUUCAGCUUCCCGCUCAACAGCCCGGGAGUCCCGGAGCGAAAUUGGAAGUCAGUCGUAGCGGCAGUCAACUGCCUGAACGCCACUGAUACCAUGAGAUGUAUGCGCACACGGAAGUGGGAAGAUAUCAAAGCUGCUGCGGCUGCUGUACGCCCAGCGUCAAGCAGCAGCGUCCUCCGAGGCAUCCCGCCGUUCUACCCUACGGUUGAUAAUGAGAUUGUGUUCCCAGAUUACGUGUAUUUGACGAGAGCCGGAAAAUUUUCAAGUCUGCCUGUCCUGUUUGGAAAUAACAACAACGAGGAUGGCUACUAUAGGAUACCGGCCUACCGUAAUGGUGUUGUGCCGACUUCAGAUCAAGUUGCAUCCUUCCUCCUCGAGUCCUUUACCUGCCCGAACUCCUAUCAAGCAAAAGCGCGUCGUGAGCGAGAGAUUUCAACAUGGGUCUAUCGCUAUUUUGGUGACUGGGACAAUACCCGGUUGUUUCCCACCAGUGGUGCAUACCACGGCGUCGAUUUACACAUGAUAUUCGGUGCAUCAGAGGACGUGAGCGGUAUCGCACCAUCGGACCCUCAGAAGCAGACGACUACACUCAUGCAGAAAGUCUGGGCUACAUUCGCCAACGACCCACUUGAAGGACUGAGCUCUGUUUUUGGUUGGCCGAUGUUUGACCCAAGCGAGGAGUCUCUGAUUUUGCUCGCAUUUGAAAACGAACCCAAGCCUCGACUUGUGAAGCCAGAAGUCUAUGAUGCUCCCUGCUCGACUAUCACACUGGGAGCUCUUUCCACACCGGCCCCCGCCUGA